GAAACCAAUUGGUAUGCCUGCAAAUUUAAGUAAACAAGUGUUGAACUCGCUGCCACCUGUACAGAAAUUUGACAGUUUGUGUGUAAUAAUGGUUUUUUUUUGGUUUGAGAGUUUAGAGAUUUGGGUGCGAAAUGGUUGUGCGUUUGUAUACAGUUACUUUAUAUUUUAAAUGUGCUGGGUUCAUAAACGUAUAACACAUUUUUGUAGUGUGUGGCUAAUCAGUAAUUAUCUUGAAAUGCGUUAAAUUCAUAUGUCCGUCAGUGAGAUUAGUGAAUAUACGGAAGGACUGUAGUAUUCGUACCAGAAUUAAUAAUGCCAAAGUUAUUCUUUAAUUGGGUUGUUUUCAUGGAGUGAAAAAAAUGUCCGGACAUGCAGUAGUGGUGUGGGAAUGGGAAAAUCGACAAGGGCGGUGGCGGCCCUAUAGUCCAGAAGUGUCACAACUCCUGGAGAGGGCUCAUUGUAAGAAGCUGACGCGCGUGAUUUUGAGUGAUGCAGAUCCGUUACUGGAGAAAUACUAUAUUAAUCUGAAGACAAAAACGCAGUGCUCGGAAGAUGAUAGUGUUCCACACAAUGUUCGAAGAAAGUGCUACCUGCCAGAUUCACCUGCAGGUAAAGGGGCUAAAUGGGAAUGGGCAGGAGAUGUCCCUGGGGAUUGGCAUACUUAUGAUAUGGAGAUUCAGUGUCUCAUUGAGGAAGCAUGGGCAAGGGGAGACCAGACAACUGAUGUAAGUAAGACAAACCCGGCCUUUCCAUACAUCAUCAACUUCUGCAAUUUGACACAGGUGCGCAACAAUACAGGUUAUGUGCGUAGUAUUCGCCGUGUCCAGCAGGCUCCUUACCCCCUUAUCAAAGCACAGCCUGAAGAAUUGCAGAGUGUUAUAGCAGGCCGCAGGUCAGCACAGUCUCCAGGAGUCAGGGACAACUCGGGACACAACCAUAAAGGACUUAAUGUGCAGCUACCUCCAACUGGGCUCUCAGGAGGUAGUAAGAAAUCCAGUAGUGCAGGGGGAAAUAAGAAAACCAAUAACAAGAAAGCAUCAAAAAGCUUAUCAUCUAAUGGAGAUAACAUAAACACUGCGGCAGGAAACAUUGCUCGAACCAUCCUGAGUAACCUCAAUAUUUUUGGCAACAAAGGAAGUAAUAGUGCCAGUAAUAGCAGUAACAGUGGAGUACCAGUCAGUGCAGCACCAGUACCUCGUAUUUCAGUAGCGGCAGUGCCAAAAACAAUUGGCAGCACAGUAAAACACAAUGGAAUCAAUGAUUCUGUUUUGGAUGCAGACUCCAGCAGCACUAAGAGUGGUCGUAGGCCUAGUGUUGAUACAGUUUCGACGUACCUCAGUCAUGAGUCCAAGGACAGUGGGCUGCGAACUUCCCAGGGUAACUUGCUAGACUACAGUGGAAGCAGCGAAGAUGUGUUUGAGCCACCGUCUUGUGAUGGCAGCAGUGCAUUAGGAGGCAGGAGGAAACCCACGAGCAAGUGUUACAAUAUGUCAGUGCCACAACAACCUCUAGCAUGUGGCUCUAUUGUGGGAGUUGAUGCUGCCAGUGCUGGUAUUUCACGAUUUGUUCUAGUUGUAACAGCAUCAGAGAUAAAACGGGACAGUCCAUGCCCAAUAUGCCUCCAAGAUAUGAGUCCAGGUUCUCCCAUGGUGGUUGCUUUGACACGCUGCUUACACCAGCUUCACUUAGACUGCCUGAAUUCCAUGUUGUCUAGCCAGCCCUCCACCAACAAGAGCCUCUACAUACAGUGUCCUACAUGCAUGACAAUCUAUGGGGAGAAGACUGGCAAUCAGCCACAUGGCACCAUGUGCUGGACAACCCUACCUCAUUCCCUGCCAGGAUACCAUGGGACUAACACGCUGCAAAUAACUUAUAACAUUGCUUCUGGCAUACAAGGUCCGGAACACCCAAACCCUGGGAGGCCAUACUAUGCUGUGGGAUUCCCCCGAGUCUGCUACUUGCCUGAUACAGAGAAAGGUCGCAAAGUUCUGAAGUUGCUGUCCAUUGCCUUUGAACGCCGUCUUGUGUUUACUGUAGGCCGCUCUGUAACCACAGGUCGUGAAGAUGUGGUCACAUGGAAUGAGAUACAUCACAAAACAGAGCCAGGAGUAUCUAACACUGGCCAUGGCUUUCCUGACUCAAGCUUCUUGGAUCGAUGCUUGGCUGAGUUAGCAGCUCAGGGCGUCACUGCAACUCAGGAAGAAGGGGCUCUCUACCAAGAGCUGUGCUAGUUACAGCCCGGUAUUAGCACUGAAUUUGUUCAUAUGUUUCUGGUGGGACUAUGCAGUUCGUGAAGGAGUUUUGUGCAAAGAUUUUGCCAGUUAAACGUUAUGGAUUUACAGAUGCCUCAUAAACUACAGCCAUGCCAGUAGUUGAACUGUAUCCAUUGUUCCAGCUAACUUUACAUUUGGGAUCAUGUCUUGAAUAGUAGUGGCUGGUUUAUGUAGGUAUCUGGGAGAUUGGUGGUAUGUUAUUGGUUAGUGUAUCAGCUUCCAACCCAGUUGCUGGCCAGUGACUAGUUGACUCUGGAGACAUAGAAGAAGAUUGUCUCCUGUGAAGUAGUUGUCUUAACAUGUUGCUGAGUUUCUGUAUUAAUGUUUUCAGUGAUUUGCAUGUUGAUAUGAUAGCCACAAGGGAUGCUUGUGAAAUAAUGAAAAAAUUAUCAACAAAUGAGGUGAAUACAGGUUGAGCAACAUCAUGGGGCAGCUGUAUGUUACACAAGAGAGUUGUUUUUCAUUACUCUAGAGUCAGCUUGUCAUUGUGAGGUAUCUAGUUCAGGACAUUAGUCAUUCGCAUGUCACUGCUCAUUUCCCACAUUCCUAUACACUUUAAUGUACUGACUCUUUUAGACAUUCACCCUGGUGAUGACAAGAGUAGUUUUUGCCAAAUUCAGGAUGCAGCUCAGCCAGCAAUGUAAAAUCUGAUGUGAUGCCUCACAUACCAGUCACAAAGGCCUGCUGUUAAGAAUAACAUCUUUACUCUACUCUCUGCAUAUAUUUUUUUCACGUUUCAAGGCUGUGUGAGUUUUGCUAAUUAUGGUACCUGUAAUGUUUACUGCAAGGCCCUGUGUAACAUUUCAUAACAAAAUGAUUUUUUUAUGGUAGGAAGUGUUAGCCCCACACUCAGCCUCAAAGCUGGAGGACCAUCCAUUGUCAGCUGUUCAUGACUGCUUUUUCAAUAUAUUUUCAGCUAUCCACAGUAUCAGGAGGACGUGUCAUUUCAUGGUGACAAGGGACGCACUAAACAUUAAGUAACAUAACGUAACAUGACGUGACAGCAUGACUUUAAGAGGAUGGAGUGGUAUGGGCUGGAUUAAUCAGGUUCCAUACAAUUUGGGGAAAUUUUUGGGUAGCUGAGUGGUGGCUUUACAAGAAGGAUUCAGCUCCAUGGAGUUAGUUAGCUACUUAAUAAUCUUUUUUUCAAAUAGAAACCAAGGUUUGUAUGCCAUGUAGUCUGGUAGAAGCUUCUUGCUUGUUUCUUCCUUGGCAUACUUUACAACCCCAAAGGUGGAGGCAG